GACAUUAUCAUUUGUUUGUAUAACCUAGCUUGACGUAGUAUCUCCAUAUAUCACCUGUAACUUGUGAAUCGGGGCGACACUACGAUCUGCACAGGGCUUCCAGGUAAUAUCCGCAAAAAUGGCAGACGUCAAACCAAGAUACACGAUAGGCGAGAUCAAAGAGGAAGACAUUGUCCGAAUUCCGGACGGAAAAGGUAACAUCAAAGAGGUUAUCAACGUUGAGGAUAUGGUGGUUCCUAUAAAGAUGAUCAAAAGUGGACACAUUCCAGACAUGAGGGACAACCUUAAGAAAAUCCGUGCAAUGCAAUGUCGAGAGGACGAUGUUUUUCUAUGUGCUUACAUGCGAUCAGGAACACAUUGGGUUUGGGAAAUCGCAAACAUGCUGACAACAGGCAAACUGGAUUAUCUAACACAGCCGAAGGAGUCGGCAAUGAUGGAAUUCAAUUACCCCGAAGAAUUUGAUGAGAUGCCAUCACGACGAAUUCUGAACACUCACAUACCACUUCGACUACUUCCAACUGAAGUGAAGGAUAAAAAGCUUAAAGUAAUUUUUGUCCAAAGAAACCCGAAGGAUGUGAUGGUUUCAUCGUUUCACUUUUUGCAGAAAGCUAAAAUAGUGCCAUUCGAAGGAACUUUUGAAGAAUACUUUAUGCUUUUCUCCACAUUAGGUAUAAUGGUAAACUGGUUUGACUAUACCCUGGAGGCAGAAAAAGCUAUGAAAGAUAAGGAGCUAGAUAUGCAUGUUAUCAGCUAUGAACAACUGAAAAAGGACCCCGUACCCACAAUAAAACGUCUUUCAGAGUUCCUCGGUACCGACCGCAAUGAUGAAUUUAUCACAAAAGUAGCAGACAAAUGCAGCUUCAAAGGAAUGAAAAAAGCAAAUGAAGAAGUGAAGAUCAAGGACAAGUUCAAGUUUGAAGAGGAGAUAAUGAAGGGACAUUACCGGAAAGGUGAAAUCGGUGACUGGAAAAACACAAUGACAGUGGCACAGAGCGAACAGUUUGACGAAAUAUUCGCUGACAGGAUGAAAGAUUCUUCUUUUAAGUUUGAUUUUUCAAAGUAAUCCAUAGACCUACCAUUGCAUCAAAUGAAGCAAAGCAACUCGAAUUGGAAAACCCCUACGGAAUUUCAUGAUCAAGCAUUUCUAGCGUUCAUGGAAAAG